AAUGAACGUCAUGGCGGCUCAUGCUAGCGAGCUGGAGAUCGCAAAGAAGAAUUUAACCGAUGCGAUCGGCGAUAACGUCAAACAUUACUGGGCAAAUCUGAAACUAUGGUUCAAACAGAAGAUCAGUAAGGAGGAGUUUGACGUUGAGGCCCGUCGUCUUUUGGCCCAGGAGAAUGUCCACGUUCACAAUGAUUUUCUCCUGGCCAUUCUCACACGCUGCCAGAUCAUCGUCUCCACGCCAGAGGGCACUGGACCAUCACAGUGGCAAGGUGGCUCUGCCUCAAAGCCUGGCAAACCAAAAGGGAAGAAGAAAUGUUCCACGAGACAGAAAUUUGAUCAUCGCUUCCAGCCUCAGAAUCCCCUGAGCGCCGCCCAGCCCUUCAGCCCACGCGAGGCGGGGGGGGAGGAGGAGGAGCUGCGUCUCAGCGCCCACACGCUGCUGCUGCCCACGCGGGGCCAGCUCGAGGCCCGGAUGAUGGUGACCGCUUUCGAGCUGGGCCUGGACAACAUCACAGAUGACGCCGUCAGCACUAUGACCCAUGCUGUGGAGCAUCACCUGAAAGACGUCCUGACAGCUGUAAUCACCCGGAGGAAGGCCUAUCGGCUACGGGACGGUCAUUUCCCUUACGCCUUUGGCAGUGAUGUCACGCCGCAGCCUUAUCUAAAAAACAGCCUCGCUGCUUACCACAGUGUUACUGAAUGUCCUGCUCCAAGUGCUUCUCUCCCUGCUGGUCCCCCACCUCAAGUGUCACCUGAUGAGGCCGAACAACAAGCCGUCCACUUAUUGGCUUGUUCUGCCGACAUUCUCCCUAUGCCUCUCUCUCCAAUCAGCUUGUUCGAUCUCCUGGAGGCGUUGCAGGUUCACCAUGGCGUGAUGCCCUCCCACACCAUGUAUGCCCUCAACAUGGAGCGCAUCCUGUCGCGGCUCUGGCACCCCAGCCACGAAGAACUAGAACAAGACCACGUCCACCGGCAGCGGCUCGCUGGGAAAGAGGGCAUGCACGUCAGCUGAGGAGCCCCGACGCAGGACUGUGCACAAACUGUGGAUAUCAUCAGGAACCAAACGCCAUCUUAUCCUCAAUCACAAAUGGACCAGUUACAGUGUGUUCAGAAAAAUAUAUAAAAGACCUGACAUUUUUCAUUAAUGUUGCACAGAAAAAGGAUGAGUGCAGCAGGAUGAAAGAAAAUGUUUGGAUAGUGGACACAGAGUCGGCCGUCAGCUCCUGCCAACAGCCAAUCGCUGACGAAUUAGCACUGAAGCUGCUUUAUUCUUGUGUGUCCAGUCAUAACUUUAAAUUCUGUCAUAUAGUGAGAUUCUAAAUGUGAGGAUGGUAUAUUUGCGUUUAAUUUGAAUGCAGCUAUAAGAGUGCCAGACAAGAAAACAAGGUUCUAGCCCAAUUCGCACGGUGUUUGGUUUGGUGGGUUUGAAGCAGGAAUCAGGUGAAGUGGGGCUGCUGCCUGCAGUUCAUCUCGUUCACAUUGUUAGAUAUGCAACAAAGCUGUUGAUAACAACAGCCUCUAAGAAAACAUUACAGCCCCUAUCUAAUCCUAUUGCACUGUGUACAUGACCAGGUCACAACAUACUGCACGUAGAGAGAAAGAAAUCCUCGCUGGUGUUUUUAUGUCCUCUGGCUGAUUAGACCUCAUGUUAGGCUGAAGUUGGGGUCAAUGCUACGGUCAUCGUUAUGUCUAAUUUAAUGGGCCAAUCAGAAUGAUAGAGAUGUGUACAGUCCCUCCUUUACAGAUGUCAGUCAAGCAGUUUGUAUUACAUCCUAAGAGGAGAUCUAGUCGAGGAGUAACUGAAAACAUCUCUUUCAUUUUACUGUGGGUGAGUUGGGUCUUUAUAAUCCACACGGGUAAAGCUAACUCCUCCAUAAACCUGCAGUGACGAAUAUUCCUGCGACUUCCAGCAGUGUUUAGUACAGGUUCAAAUGUGUAUAAAUGUGUAUCUUUUUCUACACAAAUGUUGUUUGUAUUUGGUUAAUUUUACAGACAGCACUUUAUGUAAAUAAAACAUGCAUCUUGUUUUUUACGAUG